GGCCAAAGGAAGGAUUCUGUUUGUGUCACACACAUAAUGGCAGGCGAAAAGACAGACUACCUGGUGAGCAGCAGGAGGCGAACAAUGUGAAUCCUCCUCCUCCAGUUGGUGUCUUUCGGCAGCUCGCUUUCCAAAUAAGUCCGCCUUCAGGUCCAGUUGUUCUACAAAGUCUCAGGUGGGAGGUUAAUCUGAUCUCUGAGGGAUGGAUAGUGGAGAUCCAGAGGCAUUCGAAGAAGGAGACAGAGGAAGUGAGGAGAACACGGAAAAGGACAAACAUCUGAAGAACCAACUCAACACCGAGGAGAAGGGACAGAAGGAGAACAAAGGGGAUGAGAACGAGAAGAAGAAAGAGCGGCGGCGUUCCGGGGCUCUGUGGAGGAGCGGAUGGGCUCUGAGUGAAAGACUGGCCAUCAACGUUUCAGGAAUGCGCUACGAAACCCAGCUUCGCACCUUAGCCCAGUUCCCCAACUCCAUGCUUGGGGAUCCCAGGCGGAGAGCCCGGUACUUUGACCCGCUUCGCAACGAGCUCUUCCUGGACCGUAACCGCGCCUGCUUCGAUGCCAUCCUGUACUUCUACCAGUCCGGGGGGCGGCUCCGCAGGCCCGCCAACAUCCCCCUGGACAUCUUCAUGGACGAGCUGAUGUUUUACGAGCUCGGAGAGGACAUCGUGAACCGCUUCAAGGAGGACGAGGGUUUCCCUAAAGAGGAAGAGCGGCCCCUGCCGUCCAAUGAGGUCCAGCGAAAACUGUGGAUGUUGUUUGAGCACCCUGAAUCCUCGUCUGGGGCCCGUAUUAUUGCCAUCAUCAGUGUGAUGGUGAUAGUGCUGUCCAUUCUCAUCUUCUGCCUGGAAACGCUGCCUGACUUCAAGAAAGAGGAACACCACUCCCAUGGUAGGAACUCUUCAGAGAACAUGCCUCCUCCUCCAAGCAUUUUCAGCGACCCCUUCUUCAUAGUGGAAACUUUGUGCAUAUGCUGGUUUUCUUUUGAGCUCAUCAUGCGAUUUUCAAGCGCUCCUAGCAAGAUCCACUUCUUUAAGGAUGUCAUGAACAUCAUUGAUUUCAGCGCCAUCCUUCCUUACUUUGUCACCCUGGGAACAGAGCUGGCCAAAGACGAUGACUCGUCUCCGACCACAUCCUUGGCCAUCAUCAGAGUCAUCCGGUUGGUGAGGGUCUUCAGAAUUUUCAAGCUGUCUCGGCAUUCCAAGGGCCUUCAGAUCCUCGGUCAGACGCUACGGGCAAGCAUGCGUGAGCUCGGCCUGCUCAUCUUCUUCCUGUUUAUUGGGGUCAUCAUCUUCUCCAGCGCCGUCUACUUUGCGGAAGCUGACCACCACACCACGGAUUUUGUCAGCAUACCGCAUGGCUUUUGGUGGGCAGUUGUCACCAUGACCACCGUGGGCUACGGUGACAUGUACCCUGCGACUGUUUGGGGUAAAAUGGUUGGCUCCAUGUGCGCCAUUGCUGGUGUUCUGACCAUCUCUCUGCCUGUGCCCGUCAUUGUGUCCAACUUCAGCUACUUCUACCACCGAGAGACUGAAUGUGAAAAUCAAGCUGAGUACAAUCAUGUGCAGACAUCCCUGUGGGAGGAUGAGGAGCCUGAAGGAGAGGAAACUGAGGAUGGGGAUAGGUAUCAAGAUCCAGAAUCUUAUCCCACUGAAGGAAUCUGCAACCCUCUCAACGGGACUUUACUUGGCGGACUAUGUACUGGCCAGAUGGCAGAGUACACAGGAGGUAACAUGUAUCUGAGAGAACCACUAGUUACACAAGUUUAGAGAGAGACGGGAUUCAAAGACACAAAAAGUGUAAGUAAAUAAGCUAAUUCUUGCAACAAAAGUGAAAAAAUUGGAGGAACUCCAAAGGGACGCUUUUAAAUUCUCACCUUGAGUAAGACAAUCAAGGUUAUACCUCCUGAAAAUGUUGUAUUGGUUCUACUUCCUCGCUUAAUCGUCCUUUUCAGCAACACAAGUCAGCUAAAUAUAACAGCAGAUAAGCCUUUUUCACAGAACAGCUCAAACUACCAACAGCUUUCUAUUCUCAGGGUAACGGUAUAAAAAUAACUCCUGCUAACAUGUAGCAAUGCUUCCAGCUUGGGAUGAAAAUGACUUUCAGAAAGUAUGUGCCUUGAAACUAUGACGUCUUAGUUAUUUUUGCCUUAAAGGUUGAAGUGCAAGCGAGACAGAUGAUUGCUACGUCACAACAGAGCUCAGCCAAACGGCAGUAAAGCUGCCUCCGUAGAAAGACUGGGAUCUGUCCUGAUCCGACUUCACAUUCUCAACACUCUUGUGAAAAGUCUACAAAGGCUCCAUUUGUCUGUUUGUUUUAAUUACAUGCUCUCUUUGUUAUGUUAUGGCAGUAAUACUCUUAAUUUAUGCUUUAUUGCUCAGUGCUUUUGUCAAGGAUACUAUUUUACUAAUUUUCAUGAAAGCUACUUUAAUCUGUAGGCAGUAAAAAUACAUGUUUAGAAAUUAAAUGGGUUAACAAAUAUAAUAUCCACCAAGUGAUAAUUGUAUUUUUUUAUUUUAUGAUAAAAUAAAAAUGAAAAAAAUAUCUUUAGGCUGCCAUAUCAGACCUUGUGUUUCAUGUUUGACUUGCUGAGAGAAGUCUUGAUAACUGCCAAAUAGUUGUCAUCCGAUAAUGGUCUAGUAAUGUUCCUCUGUCUCAAUAAAACUC